UGUUUCUACUACUGCUGCUGCUGCUGCUGCGCUGUGUGCGACUGAGCUGUAAGAGGAGGAGAAAGUGUUUUGUGCUGGUGUUUUUGCCCGGAUAAACGCAUGAAACCGCCGGCAUGUGUGUGUUAAGAGUUGUAGUCUGCCGAGCGCAUUGCAGCUUUUCUAGAUCUCUCUUGAGAAUGACCAUCCAGAAUGGCUCCGUGAUAUCUGCCAGAGACUGCUCUCAGGCAGGGAGUAAGAGAAACACACUGAGAUGGGACCUGACCCCAGGUGACAUCAGGAUCAGGACUGACAGCCUGAUCAAGAGAGUAAAGGCGGUCUAUGAUGACAUUGGAUCUCUAAAAAUAGAAAAUGUUUCAGUUGAAAACACCCUGAAAGCCUUGGCUAAUGCCAAACUGGAUUAUGCAUCAUCACUCCAUGUUCUUGAUUUCCCUCAGUAUGUUUGUCCUUCUAAAGAGGUUCGGACAGCGAGCACAGAGGCAGAUAAGAAACUGUCUGAGUUUGAUGUGGAGAUAAGUAUGAGGGAAGAUGUGUUUCAGCGAAUUACUGCCUUGCAGAAAAAGGUCCAGGACAACCUCUCACCUGAAGAAAAGCGAUUCUUAGACAGACUUGUGACAUUAGGCAAGCGGAAAGGACUGCACCUGUCUAAAGAUGUACAAGAGGAAAUAAAAAGAACCUCCAAGCUUAUAAGUGAACUCUCCAUAGAGUUUAACAAGAAUCUGAAUGAGGACACGACGUUUCUUGUUUUUUCUGAGCAGGAGUUGAGUGGGCUAGCUGACAGCUAUCUCAAUGGACUGGACAAGUCAGCAGAUGGGCAGUAUAAAGUGACACUUGAAUAUCCCCAUUACUACCCCCUGAUGAAGAGAUGUCACAAUCCUGAGACCAGGAGAAAGAUGGAAACAGCUUUUCACAGCAGGUGUAAAGAGGUAAACACAGCAAUCCUUGAACAAUUAAUACAGCUGAAGGCAAAGGUCGCAGACUUACUUGGUUACAGGAGCCAUGCGGACUAUGUGCUAGAGAUUAACAUGGCCAAGAAUGCAAGCAACGUGUCUGACUUCCUAGACACAUUCUAUGAAACACUGAAGCCCAUUGGAAUCAAGGAGAGGAAAUAUAUUCUUGCUCUAAAGAAGCGGGAGUGUUUGAUGAAGGGCUACCAGUUUGAUGGACAGAUCAAUGCCUGGGAUUUACCCUACUACAUGAAUCAAGUAGAGCAGUGCAAGUUUGCAGUGAACAAGGACAAACUGAUCGAGUACUUCCCACUCGACGUGGUGACAGAAGGACUGUUUGGUAUCUACCAGGAGCUGCUGGGUCUCAAGUUCACAGAGGUGGAACAUGCUCAUGUGUGGCAUGAAAAUGUCAAGCUUUAUUCAGCCUGGGACUCUGAAACAGGAGAGGAGAUUGGCCAGUUCUACCUGGACUUGCAUCCAAGGGAAGGAAAGUUUGGCCACGCCGCCUGCUUUGGGCUUCAGCCCGGCUGCAGAGGACCUGAUGGAAAACGCAGGCUUCCAGUGGCGGCUAUGGUGGCUAACUUUACCAAGCCCAGAAAAGGCUGGCCCUCGCUCCUCCAGCACCAUGAAGUGGAGACUUAUUUUCACGAGUUUGGACAUGUUAUGCAUGAGCUCUGCUCCAAGACCACUUUCUCAGAGUUCAGUGGAACCCAGGUGGAGACAGACUUUGUGGAGGUGCCUUCGCAGAUGCUUGAGAACUGGGUUUGGGAAAAGGAGCCGCUGAGAAGAAUGUCUCGCCACUACAAGGAUGGCACCCCGAUCCCAGACAGUCUGCUUGACAAACUGAUUGCAUCCAGAGUCGCCAACACUGGAAUGAUGAACCUGCGUCAGGUAGUCCUCGGUAAGGUGGACCAAUGGCUACACACCAGCCCUCAUGCAGAUACAGCUGAUGUGUUUGCAAAGCACUGCAAGGACAUCCUGGGUGUUCCUGCUACACCAGGCACCAAUAUGACGGCCAGUUUCAGCCACUUGGUUGGAGGAUAUGAUGGUCAGUACUACAGCUAUCUGUGGAGUGAAGUCUACUCCAUGGACAUUUUUUUCAGCCGUUUUAGAAAAGAAGGCAUUAUGAAUCCAAAGGUUGGAAAAGAGUACAGAAGGGUGAUUCUGGAGGCUGGUGGCUCUGUGGAUGGAGUGGACAUGCUGAAAACCUUUCUUGGACGUAGCCCAUGUCAAGAUGCCUUCUUUCAGUGCAAAGGACUAAUUAAGUCACAGGAAACACAAACGCUGUAAUUUGAUAUUUUCUUAAAGAAUCCUUUUAUCAAAGGAAGACAUAUUUUAAGUUGUAAAAAUAUAUGGAUUUACUUGAAGUGUAAUAUUACUGUGUUUAAGCUUUCUACUCGAUGAUUUGCACCUGUUGUAUUUGUUCAGAUGUACAGUAAAUUGUGGAGGGUCCUCAUGAUAGUAUGUAAAAUAGGCUUUUUUUCACAGCAAACUUUUUUUUAUGUGUUUUUUUUUUUUUCCCCCAGGUCAUGGAACACGGGUAAACCUUUUACUAAACAUGCGUAGAUAUGAACCACCUCCCGAUUAAAUACUUUAAACUGAAUUAGGCCAUGUCGUAUACACAGUGAGGAGGUGUGCAUGUGAUUUAAAUGAUCCUGCCAAGCAUCCUCAGAGAGCUCCACUCACAGGUCCCUUUCCCAAGUAGUUUUUGUUUCAUCCCAGGAUGUCUGUUUUAAUUCUUGUAUCACUGUGUAAAUUGUAGAAAUAUCUGUCUCAAGGGGCUCCGCUCUGAAAUAAAAUCUAAUUGUUGUCUGGGUACUGGGUUAGACAAUGAGGGAUACUAUUUUGGCAAAACUACUGACUGAAAGGGAAGCUACAAAAAUGGGAUCUGGGUAUGAUAUGGUCUUUAGUAAGGGCUUUAAAGGAGGUAAAUGUCUUGUCUGUAAAAAGAUCACAGAAAAACACCGGUCCAUUUCUGUGCUAGUAGUAAAAUUUGUCAUCUGACACAGAUGGUGGGUAGAAUUGAUUAUUUGCUACUGGAAAAAGACCACCAGCAUAUCUUAAUCCAAAAUGCUUCCCAAACUGUAACUUUAUCCUGAGUGAAGCUAUGACCCUGGGUUUGUUAAUAGGGAUUCAUGAUAAUAUCAAUAUGUCAUUGGUAUCGGUUGAUAUUGGCUUUAAAAUGAGCUCAGAAUUAGCCAAUAUGCUUUUUCUUAAUUUACACAAUGAGUAAAUAUAUACACUGAAAAGCAUUGUAUUUCAUGUCUCCAUCUGCUGGUGGGCCAUCAUGAUAGGAGUGUGCAUGCACAAUAUGAUGUUAAUUCCACCACAUGAAACAAAAAGGUAGAUAUAUUGCUAUCGGUUAUGGGCCAAAUAAGUUGUUAAAUAUCGGCUUAUCGGAUAUUGACAAAAAAUUCAAUAUUAUGCAUCCCUCCUUAUUAGUGGCAUUUUAUGGUUAUGCGGUGGUGGAGAGGUGAGUAUUGGUAGAGGAUUGGAUGAAAGUUUCAUGUGAACCCAGUUUGGGCCCUAUUUAUUGUCAUACAUAGAUACCCAUUAGAAACUUUAGAACUUGUCAUAGCAAGACAAGCACAGGUGUUACUAAUAAGAAUUGAUGGAUUUGUAACAUUCAAGUGUUUCAGUAAGCUGUGGCAAAAAAACAGCAUGCACAAUAACCAUUACACUGAAAAAAAUGCUACUCUAACAAACUUCUGAAAAGUGAAAUAGCAUUUUCAGAAAUUACCUAAGACUGUUGUUGUAAAGUCUUACAUUCAAUACAGGGUUUGUAAACUUCACAUAUUUUGUAAGAUGGUGUACAAAACCUUUGUGUUAAUGCCUGUGAUAAAUCUGUAUCAGUUACCUCCUUCAAAAGAAUUACUGAAAUAUCUCCAGAACCAGAGGAGGAAAAGGUACUGAUUACCAUAUUGUGGAAGAAGGAUAGUUGCUUAUUUUGGGGACCUAUUAAAAUUCCCCUGCAAGAAAUAAAGUUAUAUAUACACCAGGGGGCGCCAUAUGAUAGCAAAUGCUGGUAUGUGAGUUUAACAUAGUAACGAAUAAACAAUGUUAUCGCUGGCAUAACACUUUCUAUGCCGAGGAUUACUUUUUCCUUUUAUUUAAAUAAAAUAACGUACUCCUUACUAUCAUGAAUCGUCAAACUGGUGUAAAUAGUGCCAACACUUAUGUAUAUGUAUACAUGUAGUUUGUUUAAAAUAAAAUAUCUUGUGUUU